UUACACAAACGAUCAGUUUUGGCUCGCCUUACCCGCCUUACGAGUCACGAUCUAUAAGAUGGUUAUCGUCGGCCGGGUUAGAGAGAAGUUGGAGUUGAAACACGAGUCCCGAACAAUCCCGAACGAACUGUACGCGUAUAUGUACGAACUUGGAGGUGCUGUCAUUUUUCACGCAUAUUCGAGCACCACCGAAUUCCUUGCGAAUCGUUUCGCAUGCGUAUUGUGAAAAUACAGUGAAAUCGAACAGCUGCUCUCCGACAGCACUCCUACUGUGACAGUUCUCGAAUAUUAUCGAGAUCAAACCGUGUUGACACUGGUUAUUCGAAGUACAGUGUGCGUGUUCUAUCUGCUUCUCACGGUACUUGCUAAAAUUUAAGUUUAACCGCUCGGAGCCAAAAAUAACUUUUGUAAUCUACAAAAACACAAAAGAAUAAGCACAGAGUAGCUACUUGUGCUUACACGGGUUAAUGCAAUAAGCGGAACAAACGAAGUCUAAAGAACAUUUUACUGAUCCUCGUGAACAUGCGCCGGCGCUGGGAGCAUUCAGAAAGACUGAGAAAGACGACGAACACAGCAGACCACACAGCGAGGUCCACGGAGUAGUUGCACCGUGUCUACUUUCGCACCGGCGUGAAUCGCCACAAAUAAUAUUUAUCCUAGGGUACAAUGUCCAGGGUAGAAGAAGUCGAGGAAGUAGAUCAAUCGGAUAGCGGCAUGGGUAGUAGCGACGCACAUUCUCCCGAGGUGAAAUCGCUUCUCCCCGACGACGAGGAUGACGAAGAGGAUGAGAGCUUAUCAGAGAGAUUAUUGGGCCUCACGGAAAUGUUUCCCGAGGAAGUACGUAAUUUGGGAUACAACGUCAGUACCUGCUUGUGCAAUUGUAUGAAAGGAUUAUAUGCAUUUUCAUGUUCGGCAGCAUGGUUGUUCUUCAGCUCAUCGGCUAUCUUAUUCGCACCUAUAUUAUUCGAAAUAGAGCGGGUACAAAUGGAAGAAGCGCAACGUUCACAACAGAAACAGGUUUUAUUGGGACCUAGCAAAGCUAUGUCUAAUGUAAAUGCCUCGAGUCUUCCCAUGGCUCCGCCAGUUCAACAAUAAUAACAGCUGACGUACGAUGUUACCUUCGAAUCAGCAUAAGUCGACCGUUUCUGUUCAUGGUGUAUAUUUAUAUUAGUAUAACUUUCCACCUUAUUCUAAUCUCUCACUGACACUUAUGCAUAUGUAGGAUUAUCAUACAUGAUUCUUUAUGCAAUCCUAAAUGACCUGUAGAAGAGAAUCUGAGGCGUGGUAGGAACAAUGUUCGUAAGUUUUAUUCAUAUGUUGCUUUCAAAAUCUCUGUUCGUUUGUAAUUUGAAUGAAACCGAAUAUAUGGAGGACAUUCUGUCGCGACGUAUUUAAGCGUAGUGAAACCUUAUUUGUCACGAAAUGUCGGUAAUUGUAACACUGGACUAUCUAUAAUGCACCACUACUGAUAAUGCCAUUAAAUUCUUUCGUAAUGUUACAGUUCAAAGGUAUCGAAUGUUAUUGUAAUAUAAAAGGUUGAAUAAACAUGUAACUAGAAACGUUGUUCGAGUGAAAUAUCAUCCACAUUUAUCGCGAUUGUUUUCUGCCCGCGACUACCGAGGAGGGGCCUUCGGCUUUUUAUCACGAUUGUAUGUUCAUGAAAGGGAACAAGAAAUAAAUGAAUUCUUAUUA